AUGCCGCAACAUAAUCGCAACUCGUUGUCCUCACAAGCCUCACAAGCUGCGAGCGAGUCACAGCGACCACCUAACCCCGGCGUGGGCCUGGUCACGGACAGAAUCAAUUCAUCGGACCAUGCGCAGGAUAUCAACAAUACUGCACAGCCAGAACCAACCCUGAACGAUUCAGCACCCCCUGACGGAGAACAAGCGGCACAGACACCAGAUCCCUCUGUGGAGUUUGCCGUCACAAGCCACGACAGCGACGCUGUCGAAAUUGCGACGGAGCGCGAUCAGAAUCCUAGUCCCAUCAAUGAUCCGCGCUCUUUUGGUGCCGGAGUCGGGCUCACGAUCGCGAACAACCUCCGCCCACCUGAGUCUACUGGCUUAGAGACCACCGACGAAAACCCAAACCAGUCGUGGAACCCGCCGCUCGGAUAUAACGACGCUAUGGAAUUGGACAAUUACUCUGCAGACAAUUUUUCCAACUUUGACUUCGAAGGCUCUGGCCUGGAGGCGAAUCUCUUCGCCUUGGAUAGUGCCAUGAACUCUUAUUACGAGUUCCCCACGAGCGUCUUCAACACCACUUCUACGACUAACGUUUUCGACUUUGCACACACAAAUGGGAUGUGCGAUGCCUCAUUAGAGCCCCAAGUCACUCCCGAGGCCGACACGGGACCACAGAAUGGUUCGCGGAAGCACCCUGAAAUAAUGGCGGAACUGCCUCAUUGGAACAUUUGUAGAUGCACUCCAGCCCAAUCUGCCACAAUCCCCAAAGAUCUCGAACCUGAGGCGUUCAGUCCUUCGCAACUCUUCGGCAUGAGUGGUUCAUGGAGUGACUCGAUCGAAAAAUGGAGAGAGCGUACCUUUAAAAGUGACGAGCACAUUACUCAGGUGGAUCUGACAGAAGAAACACGAGAAUGGAUGUUGGUGAUACUCCAAAGCUUGUUGCAAUUGAGUCCCGACUUCCACGUUUUGAAACCUAGUUUUCGCUCUUCACUCUCUUCGUCGACCUCGAACGUGGAUGGUGGACAACGACCGUCAAAUUCAUUCAUGCUUCUUCCUCCAAAUGGGUCUUUGAGAAGAUAUCUGGAAAUUUAUCUCACCAGCUUCGAGCCCUUUCUCCCCUCGAUUCCAGCCCUGUCACUUAAUCCAAAUAAACUUGCUACUAGCAGCAAUGAGCGCGGGGCCACCGUGCUUUUGUUGCUCAUGGUAGCCCUCGGAGCCAUGCUAGAUCCCGCGAUUAAAGCCAGACAUUUCUCCAAAGUGCUAUUUGAGCUGUGUCGACACACAAUACUGGACACGAUCGCGAAGGAUGAUGGCACUUCCAGGCAAACUCUUACGCUUCACUGUGCUCUACUAUUCGUCGUCGGAGCAGCUUUCAGUGGUAAGCGUCUGCACAUGAAUAUUGCUACAUGUCAAAGGCACAUGUUCUUAGAGACUGUGAAAUAUGCCCACUUCUUCCAGCAAACACCCGCCAUGGAUUUCUUGCUGGAUGGUUCAAUCGAAAACCUUGACGUCGCAUGGCAAAGGUGGAUUGAUCGAGAAAAUGCCUCCAGGCUGGCUUAUUUGUGGAUCAUUGCCGAUCAUGAAAUCAGCCUCUUCUAUGACACCUCUACCCGUAUUAGCACUUCCGAGCUCGAAGUUGCCCUCCCUUCUUCAGAACGUCUGUGGCUUGCACCUAAUGCAAUCGAGUGGAAGAAGAUCUUAAUCGUGCUAGCUCAACAAGAAGGCAAAUCUGCUAGCGAUUAUUUGCGCACCCCUCGUCUCGGACUCGACAAGUUGUUUGUUCUCUUGCUAAGCGAUCAGCUUGAUGCCACAGGUUGCGAUCUGCAGCCUCUGCAUCUGCGACUUCUCUUGUGUCCAAUUCAAGAUCUGGUCACCCAACUGCGUCAAUUGUUGAUCUGCCUUCCUAGAGAUAUCAGUGCAUUGUCCUUCACCGCAGCAGACUCGCUAGCUUCGUCGGCCUUGCGGAUAUCUGAAAUCAGAAAUCUGCUCCGUCGCUGGCACAAUCUCUGUCGUCAAGUGCAACCGGGCGGUGUCCGUGAAGAGGCUUUGAUGCAGUCCACAUGGAUUGUUUAUCACCUGAUCAGCUUAAAUCUUUUAGUUUCGUUCCGCGAACUCGAGAGCUUUUCCCGAGGGGAGAGCUCUGGCCCUGAUAUCAUGACCCAAUUCCGAAGAGAGUGGAUUCAUGAACCAGAGCAAACCAUUUUUCACUGCGGACAAAUCCUUCGGGUACUGCGCGGCAUUGACGUCAAGUUGCGCCCAAUCUGGUGGAGUGCCAGUGUCUAUCGUGUAACAAUCAUCUUGUGGAGUCUUUGCAUCGGCAGGAGAAACCCCGGCACGAUGCAAGAUGAGCCAGAGGCCCAGCGCGAUCUCCAAACGCUGGUCAUGGUUGACAGCCUUGUACCCGACGAUCCUAAGUUACAGCACUUUCUACGAACCAAAAAAGGAAAUCCAUGCCUUGACCUGGGUAAGGACAAGUGCAUCUCUGUAUAUGGUGAACCUCGCUUAGUUCAUCAAGCAUGUGUUGGAGCCCUCGAGGGAGGUCCUCGAACCUCAAGGUUUACCGAGGGUAUUCAAGCAAAGCUUGAGACGAUGGGUAAGCUGUGGGACAGGGUCAACAAUAUAAAGGCUCCAUCCCUGUAG